AUGACGACUCCUGCGACCAUGACUGGUAUGUCAAUGACGAUGACAAGCGGGAGCUCGAUGCCACCGUCCACUGGCGGUAUGGAUAUGGGUGGUAUGGACAUGGGCAUGGACAUGCGCGACUCGUCGUCUAUAUUGAUGACCUCUGCGGAGAUGGCGAUGGUGUUCUUCCAGAGUGUUACAACUCCUCUCUAUUCGAGUGCCUGGACUCCGCAGGGACAGGGCUCUUACGCUGGUACUUGCAUUUUUCUAAUCGUACUCGCUGUACUAAAUCGCAUCCUAAUCGCGCUCCGAUCUAUCAUAUUCGAUUCGAACCCAAGGCUCCAUCGACAUAAUAAAGCUCUUAUAUCGUCAGACUCGGACGACUAUCCGGGGAGUAAAACCGAUUUGGAGUUAAUAGGUGGUCAACUCAGGAAUCAAUGGAACAGCCAUCCAUUUAAGGUUCUUACCGAGACGUUCCGCGCGUUACUUGAAGUUGUGAUCGGAGGUGUGGGGUACCUGCUCAUGUUAGCGGUAAUGACUAUGAACGUGGGAUAUUUCCUGUCCGUUCUUGGAGGCAUCUUCCUCGGCACCUUUGUCGCCGGUCGGUUUAGCACCGGUGAAAGUCACUGA